AUGAGCCUGUCCAACGCCGCGCGCGCGAGCCAGCUUUCGGGCUCGACGGCCUUCAACUCCUCUACUUCGCUCAGCUCGCUCACUUCGUCCGCCACCGCCGUUACCCCCGUGAACGGCCAGGUUGUCGCCACCACAAACAUCAUCAACCAGAGAGCCGACGCCUCGCGAUCGCUGUACCAAAUAUGUUUGUCGCUCAAACAACGCCUCGCCCAGGUUCCCGGCUUCGAGGGCUAUCUAGAACAACUGCAGCGCGAGCAGGAGAAUGGCCAUGAUGGCCCCGUCGAGGCCCUCUGGAAGCUCCUUCGCACCGGUUUGCCCCUGCUCACCAUCUACAAUGCGCUCCAACCCGAGAAACCGCUACACGUCGAUCAGAGGCCGAACGAGACGGAAGCGCGACGGUCCAAACGCGCCAUUAUGGAAUUCGUCAAGGCCUGCUUGAGCGACCUCGUCCCUCCCGUUACCGAAUGCUUUAUCGUCGCCGACCUUACAGGGGAGGAUACCACCGGCUUUGUCAAGGUGACUUCUGUUAUCAACUAUGUGCUCGAUCUUGCCGAAAAACGGGGCCUCUUGCUCCAAACCCUGCCAUACCCCGAAGAUGAUAUCACGCAGCCGGGUUCUAAGAUGACCCAUCGCGAUUACAUUGUUCGAGAACUGGUAGACACGGAGCGCAAAUACGUACAGGAUCUCGAGAACCUCCACGACCUAAAGAGGACGCUGGAACACAGGAGCGUUAUCCCUGGCGAAUUCAUCCACGACAUAUUCCUUAAUAUCAACGCCAUCUUGGAUCAUCAACGAAAGUUCCUCAUCAGGGUAGAAACAACAAAUUCGAUGCCGCAGGCUAGGCAGGAAUGGGGAAGCUUGUUCGUCGCAGCUGAAGAGAACUUUGGCAUUUACCAACCCUUUAUCGCGAACCAAAGAAAGGCAGCCCAGGUUGCGACGCAAGUGUUUGACAAGAUCCAAGAGGCUGGCCAUCCGGUCGCGUGUGAUUUUAAUACCCUUGAUGGUUUCCUCCUCAAGCCUAUGCAGAGACUGGUCAAGUACCCGCUUUUGCUCAAGGAUCUGCUCAAGAAGAGCGAGGACGAGCACACCAAGGAAGAUUUAGCUGCCGGAAUUGCUGCUGCUGAACGGGUCUUGAUGAAAGCCAAUUCGGCCGUUGAUAAGAACAUCCUCGAAGAGGCCUUGCAGGACCUUAUACACCGAGUAGACGACUGGAAGAGCCAUAAGGUGGACAACUUUGGAAGUCUGCUCCUACACGGAGUAUACACUGUUAUAACGGGCAAGAGUGAACAAGAGAAGGACCAGUAUGAGAUCUAUCUUUUUGAGAAUAUCUUGCUCUGUUGCAAGGAACUCACUACGACUAAAGCCAAGGACAAGAAGGACAAGACGCGAUCAUCCGUACCAAAGGUGCGGAACAAGUUCGCCAAACUACAGCUCAAGGGCCGCAUCUUCAUGACCAAUGUCACCGAUGUAGUAGCCAUUUCCAAGCCUGGUAAGCGACACAGUUGGAAUUCUCGGCGGAACACAACAGUUGCUGACUGUGCAGGCUCGUAUACCGUACAAAUAUGGUGGAAGGGCGAUCCGGGCGUGGAGAAUUUCAUGAUCAAGUUCCAGACCGAAGAGAUGAUGAAGAAGUGGGCCGCCGGUCUGGAAGAACAGCGAAAGCAGAACACACAAGCGGCCCCAGUUGCUCCUGACCAAGCUCCGCCAAACUUUGCCUGGCUCGCCUCGCAAGGCAACGGACUGGAGAAUCCCUUCAAGGACGAAGAAGAGGACGAGGACAUCUAUAACGCUGCUGCCCCGACCGUUGCCAUGCCAGGCACAAUGCCGCGGAAUGGAUCGAGCACAAGUCUACGGCAGCGGUCCGCCACCAGCGACAGUCUAGCAGGUAUGGCUCGCGCACCACCUCCACGAUUCCCUCUUCCACAGGCACCUGCGCCUCUCAAUGUUGGCCUUCAGCCAUCACCCGCUGUUCGAGCAGGCGAGUCUUACUUCUCUCCCGUAGCCGAGUCGCCCGCUUCGAGUCGGACGAGCACAGCGAGCGGCAUCUUCGCCGGUGCCGGAUCCGGCUAUCCUUUCCCCAAGACCGGUACCCCCCAAGGAUGGCAGGAGGACAGUAACCGCUACACGGCCCCUGCCAUGCCAAGGGCGCCAUCGCGAGACGGCCCAUCUCCAGGAACCGGGAGGAACCCACGAGGACCCUCGAUGCCCGUUAUGCCCCGGGGGGAUAACAGCCAGUUUCAGCAGGCACGCAGUCGGAGUUAUAGUACACCGGACAUUGCUGGCCAGGCCGCUGCGCGCAUCAACCAGACAGGGGUACCUGCGGUGCCAGGCAUUCCCGCCCAUCUAACCCAUGCCCGCCAUGAUUCCAACAUUCCCAGGAGCAAUACCGGCAGCCCAGCAAACGACCUUCCUCUACGGACCCAGACAGGUUCCCCUGGCAGAGAGCGGAAGAACUAUGGAGGCCAAUUGAACCAGUUCCCUCCACAGCCUAUCCGCCAGGGCACACCAGGCAGUGUCACCGGCUUCCCUCCGCCAUCUGGCCCGCCCCCACCGGGCAUGGCGCCUCUUGCCCCGACUGAGGGAACGCGAAACAUCACCCCAUCGCUCGGUACCGCACCGAUCAUGUCCGGACAGAACCCGCUCUCACCCACAGAUGACGACAUGCUCCCCACGCAACUGAAGGUCAAGGUUCACUGCGAUACCGGUAACUACAUCACAUUGGUUGUGCUCUACGACAUUACCUACGAGAAACUGAUUGACCGCAUCGACAAUAAGCUUUCGCGGUUUACCAGUAGCAGUAUCGGCGGGGGUAAUUUGAGGUUACGGUACCGGGAUGAGGAUGGCGACUUCGUCAUGAUUGAGAGCGACGAUGAUAUUCAAAUCGCCAUUUCGGAUUGGCGUGAGGGGCUUCGCAACCCAGACAGCGCCGGGGAAAUUGACCUGUACUGCGAAGGGGAACUGUUGGAGUGA